AUGGAGGUUGAAUUUGACACGAUGGUUGUUAUUGACACUGUCCCAUUGGAAAGCCCGAUUGCUGAAUCCCGGCUUCUGAAUCUUGACUCGAACACUGAUAUAUUGGAUGGGUGUGAAUCUGCUCGACGAUUGGGAUAUGGGUUGGAAGAUAGCUGCGAAGAGCAAGUGGUGCUUGAUAGUGAAGAUGAAGGAGGUGACCGAAAUGGCUCUGUUGGUGUGGAAGAUUAUUGCGUAAAACGAGUGGUGCUUGAUAGUGACGAUGAAGGAGGAGGUGACCAAAAUGAGGUCGUUGUGAGCGGGUGUUUUUCGGGAAACAUGAAACUUUCAAGCAUGGGCGAGAUAGGUUCGCAGAGAAGGCGGCAAGUAAGGAAGGGUUAUUUUCGGAGGCUGGACAAAAAAUUCAGGAAGCGCGUGUUUCUUCAUAUUGAUUCAGCUAGUAAUGAUGUGGGUGAUGAAGAAAGUAACAUUGGGAGGACUUGUCUUUACAGUAAAAAUAAAUUUCUUGAGCAUCUUGGUGUCAUGGACAAUGUGCUCUCAACAUCAGCCGAUGAGAGACCAGUUCCCACCAAUACGAAGGAAGUUCUUUUUGACACUCAUUGCCAGAACUCCGCAAAUAAAUGUUCCGUGGAGGAUUCACAUGAUGAGAGAAAAUCGUCUUCACAUGACUCUAAUCCCACGAAUACAGGAGGAGAGGCAAAUGAACGCACACAGUUUAGUGAAUCAGAAGAUAAGGCUCUGGGAUUUGUGGAUCACUACCUCUCAGUUAGUGAUUUGGGCUCUUAUAAAGACAUGAAAACUAUACAGACUAAAAGGUUAAUUUCACCCCCCUCUUUGAGGUCAAAGGGGUCUCAAUGUUUGGCAAGGAGAGUUGACCUUGCACGUAAUGCCAGCAAUUUCAUGACUUUUGACUGGACUGAGACUCAUACCGACACGGAUGAAUACACUACCCUUGAAAAGAACGUGGAUCCAGUCUUUGGGUUCGGAGGUAAGAAAUCUAAAUGUCUGUCUUCUUUUCAAGAACCUGACAAUUUUAACUUGCGAAACGAGACAUUAGGCCUCCACUUGGAGGAGAAAUUGGCCGGAAAUUUAGCUAGUACCGAUGAUUCGAAUACAAAUUUACUGGACUCCAGUGAUAUUGUGAAAGUGGGGUCAAAUUCUGGUUUUUCCACUGCAUAUGAUUCAGCUGAGUUUGGAAAACAGUUUGAUGUGGGCCCACUGAGGCAGAACACGAAAGGAGGUGAUUUUCCGGGGCUUACACCAGAAAUGUUGGAUAUUGGGCUGGACACUCAAAUUGCUGCAGAAGCUAUGGGAGAAUUAAUUCUAGCAGCUCCUCCCAUUUUUGACCCGUGUCUCGCUUUUCAAGUUUCAGAGAGCACCUCUUCGGACUCUUACCCUGUAACUGAGAAGGGUAGACAAAAAAAUGUUGCCAAUCAUGAGGAUGCCUUUGUUGGUUGGAGAUGCAAAAAGAAACGCUCGAGGUGCAUAAUGAUUUCGACAGUUGGGAACAAGGAUGUAACUUGUUCUGCUGUAAAACGAUCUGAGAAGCAGAGGGGGCUUGUUGAUCUUUUACCAGUAAACAUGAACAUUGUGCCUGAGAAUAGCAAGUGUGAAGAGCCUAUUAGGGUCCCCAUGAAGGAGUCUCCAAGAAUUCAUCUUGUGUAUAAAAGAAGAUCAAAGGAGACUGCUGAUCAAUUAAAGUCUGAUUCUCCUGUAAAACGAAUGAAGAUGGAUAGGUUUCAUGAUGAUGUGUGCAAAAUAGGAAUCAAAGAUUCAUAUUCUAGAGUGAAAACUGAAAGAUCAAAAAGUGAAGAAAAUAUUGAUCUUUAUGCAGCUGAUUGUACUCUGUCUCUGUCAAAGUUGAAUCCAUGGAUCUAUCCUAAAGGGAAAAGGUCACGUCCAUUGAAUGUAAGUAACCACUGCUCUCCAUUUUCAACAGUCAAGAAUAAUGCAGAAAAAUACCCUACAGUACACGAUGGUACACAGAAAAGAGUAGCUACUCUUUUUGUUUACAGAAGGAGAAGAAGAGUUUCACUAGAGCAAGAACACAUAGGAACUGCUAUAGAAGUGGCUGGUAAUUUGAGCCCUUUGGUUAACCAUGAUGCGUAUACCGAGAAACAAGGACAAAUUCCUAUCGAACUUGAUACAACCAGUCCAGCAAAGCAACAUACAAAUUUUGACGAUGCAAAAUGUUCCUUUGUUAAUGCUUCGAGUGUAAUGAAGUCACUCGUGUUACCAUCAAAUAUGCAUUCUCCUUUGCAAGUACUAGACGGUAGUGAAAAGUGCAAACGACAGCUCAACCACCUCUCAAAGUCUCCCAUAAUGAAAGAGCUUUCUAGAUUGGGUUACCCAGAAUCACUACCAGAUUUUAUGCCGAAAGACUUAAGAAGAAGAAGAGCUACGAAAACGGUUUGCAUCUUGUUCAGCCAGAACUUGGAGACAAGUGUACUCAAGCAGCAGAAAAAGAUCAUGGCACGAUUGGGAUUUCUGGUUGCAUCUAGUUGCUCGGACGCCACACAUUUUGUGACCGAUAGAUUUGUGAGGACAAAGAAUAUGUUAGAAGCCAUUGCCCUUGGCAGACAUGUGGUGACCCACUUAUGGCUCGAGGCCUGUGAACAAGCCGGCUAUGUGGUCGAUGAAAGGAGUUACGUAUUGAGGGAUGGGAAAAAGGAAAAAGAAAUUGGGUUCAACAUGCUUGUUUCGCUCAGCCGCGCCAAACAACAUCCACUCUUAAAGGGUCGAAGAGUUUUUAUCACGCCUAAUGUGAAGCCCGAUGUAGAUGCAGUAAGUGGUUUAGUCGAGGCGGUUGGGGGACAGGUUGUCCAAAGCAUAACGAACCCAAGAGUGAAGGAUAAGUUGAUUCCUGAAGAUCUGUUGGUUAUCUCAUGUGAAGAAGAUCAUACAACUUGCCUUCCAUUUCUUGAGGAAGAGGUUUCGGUCUAUAGCUCAGAACUUUUGCUAAAUGGGAUUGUGACUCAAAAACUGGAAUACAGAAGUUAUCAGCUUUUUGAAGAUUUUGCCAAAAGAAAUACGGGCAGCCGAUAA